GACGGCCCGCAAAAUGCGGGCCAUUCAAGAAUGGAAGCCGUCGACCAACCUCCGAGAGCUGCAAUCGUUUUUGGGGUUCAUCAAUUAUGUGUGCCGGCUUAUCCCCAACAUGGUGGGGUUAACAGGAGCCCUAACUGACCUACUUCAUAAGGGCGUUGAUUAUCAGUGGGGGGUGAAACAGCAAGCUGCAUUUGACAGAUUAAGAAAUGUUUUACUCUCGUCAACAGUACUUCGGAUUGUUGAUCCAGAACGCUCGUUCGAGGUCGUGACAGACGCAAGUGACAUCGCCAUCAGAGCAGUUCUGCUACCGGAUUUUGGCGACGGCAUUCAGCCAAUCGCGUACAAGUCGCGAAAGUUAUAAUCAGCCGAGCGAAAUUAUCUAGUACAUG